CAAAGGCGGGGGACUGAAAGUCCUGGGAGAUCUCUCAGUCCCAAAUUCAGCCUGUUUUUCAGGGAUUUCAGCUGCAGUAGACAGACACUCUCCCUGGAUUUGGUGUUCCCAGUCUGUGAUAGGAUCAUGAAGUGGGAGCUGCUAUGGCUGGAAUGUCUCCUUCCCAUAAUGGUGGCAGGAAAGUCUGUGAAACUAGUGGAUGAGGAGGAGGCUUUGGAUUACCUUGUAAAGUAUGGAUACCUUCAGAAGCCUCUGGAAAGAAUGACAGAUGAUUUUGAACCAGAAGAGGUGGCAGAAGCGAUAAGGUCCUUCCAGGAAGCUUCAGAGCUGCCAGUCUCUGGGGAGUUGGAUUGGGUAACAAGGGCACGAAUGAGGCAGCCCCGCUGUGGUCUGGAGGAUCCUUUCAACCAGAAGACCCAAAAAUAUUUGCUUUUAGGUCGUUGGAGAAAGAGGCAUCUAACAUUCCGUAUUUUGAAUUGGCCAUCUACCCUCCCAGUCCACAUUGCCAAGACAGCCCUGCAUACUGCCUUCAGAUACUGGAGCAGGGUGGCCUCCCUGAGCUUUCGAGAGGUUCGGGCAGGCUGGGCAGAUAUUCGUCUCUCCUUCCAUGGCCAAAACAGCGCCCAUUGCUCACAAGGUUUUGAUGGACCUGGAAAAGUCUUAGCCCAUGCUGACAUCCCUGAGUCGGGCAGUGUGCACUUUGAUGAAUCAGAGAAAUGGACAGAAGGGACCAAAAUGGGGGUGAAUCUUCGCAUCAUUGCAGCUCAUGAGCUUGGCCAUGCACUAGGAUUAGGCCAUUCCCGAUACCCACAGGCUCUCAUGGCACCUGUUUAUUCUGGCUUCCGACCUCACUUUCAGCUUCAUCCCGAUGAUGUGGCAGGGAUUCAGGCCCUCUAUGGCAAGAGGAUCCCUCCCAGUGGAGAGGAGGAGGAGGAGGAGGAGGAGGAAGGGAAUGAAGUUUCCAUUGUAACCCCAGGGCCCACAGUGCCUGGAACUAGGCCUGACCCCUGCAGUGGAGAGCUGGAUGCCAUGAUGCUAGGCCCUUAUGGAAAGACAUAUGCCUUCAAAGGAGACUACGUAUGGACGGUGACUGGUUCCAGACUGGGGCCCCUUUUCCAUGUGGCAACUUUAUGGAAGGGGCUGCCAGGGAACCUGGAUGCUGCUGUCUACUCUCCCCGUACAAAAUGGAUCCACUUCUUUAAGGGCAAUAUGAUCUGGCGCUAUAUGGGCUUCAAACUGGUCCCUGGCUUCCCUAAGCGGCUAAGAGAUGUGGGACCCAACUUGGAUGCAGCUCUGUACUGGCCCCUCAACCAGAAAGUUUUCCUCUUCAAGGGCUCUGGGUAUUGGCAGUGGGAUGAAUUGGCAGUGAAUGAUUUCAGCCGUUACCCCAAGCCAAUAGGAAAGCUGUUCACUGGAGUGCCGGACAAGCCCUCUGCAGCUUUGAGCUGGCAGGAUGGCAAAGUCUACUUCUUUAAGGGUAAAAAGUACUGGCGCCUGAACCAGCAGCUCCGAGUGGAGAAAGGCUUUCCCAAGGACACUUCUCAGCACUGGAUGCACUGUCUCCCUCCAACCAUGGAUAUCUCAACCUCAACCACCAUUUCCACCCCAAUAACUGCCCACUGAGCCACAAACAGGACCACAUCUCUCUCAGUCCCAGAUAACGCCUCUUCAUUUCUUACUACCAUCUUUGCUCAGGAGUAGGAAUUGACCCUACUUCUGUACCCUGCGAAAGACAGGACCAUCAGCGAUGGACAACCUACCUCUUGUCCUGGCAGUAGCACUUUGCCUCUGGGUUAAAGACUUGCCUUGACCUACACUGCAUCUAGCCCUCCUGGAUGACCACUACACUUUCCCCACCUUGGCAGGGCUACUUUUUCUUUUCUAUCUAACAUUAACCACGCCCUAGCUAGGCAUAACUUCUUCCUUAUCUAGGAUACCAUCAGUUAACUCCUUGUCUAAGAACAGCUCUGGAUGUCAGGGGCCAUCUCUCAUUUUAACUGUUGACUAUACACAGACUAUGUCUUCAGGAUUAGGAGUAGAGGGAAAGGGAUGUUUGCCAACUGGGACCAAAAAAUGUUUCUAGAGCUUGGUGUGGUUAAAUUUUCUUUGCAAUUCUUGCUGUAAUUAAUGCAUAGCCUUGAAGAGCUCGAAUGAGAUAUUCCGAAAAAUAUCUCAAAGAUAUUGAGACAAAAUAUGUCACUUUUUAAAGUGAAGUUAAUAUGAUUCAGUGAUCAAAUGAUAAAACAACUCUCCCUGGGAGUUGUGAUCUCUCACCACAGAUGUGUUUCUUUUAUGCACUGAUCAUACACUAAUUUAUAAAAAUUAUUGUUGUAAAUGUCUUAUUAUUCCUAUUAGAUUGUAAACCCCUGGAGGGCAAGGACUAAGUCUUAUUUAAGUUUUUAUCCACCUAAGCACCUAGCAGUGUGCUUUUCAAAAUUAGAUGCUUAGUAUGUUUGUUGAACUAAUGAAAGAAAGAAAUCAGAUCACGCAUUUAUUAAACUCUAAGCACUGGACUAAGGAAGAAAAGAAUGUAAGAAUAGGCUAUUAAUAUAAGUGAUGAGACUUUUAAAACUAGAUGCCAAUUUUAAGUGUAAGGAAGCAAGGAUCUACUCCCCUGGGCACCAGAAGACACAAAAUAAGUUGGGUAACAGAUUGGUCUGCAGGAGGAUCAAAUUUGUCAGUAUACCUCUGAUUCUAAUGAUUGGUUCCAUUUAGAAGGAAAUAUGGAGAAGUAGAGAUAGAAGAGAGCAAUUUGUCAGGUUAGCUUAUCUUGAUGAAAGUGUCCUUUAAAAGCAUUAAUUCUUUGCAAUGUUUCUAUGUUCACCGUGCAAACUUUUGAUCUCUAUAAUUCGGUUUUCAGAUGAGAAUGCCUAUGAUUGGUAUUGGUUAUUUAGUUGGAUAUAUUUAUUUUUGCCAAUGAAUAAACUGGCAUCCAUAAUUGGGAUGACUUGUGAUUUCUGCUUAAAUGAACUAAUUCCUCAGAGCUUAUCAUUUCCAAAUGAUAUUUUUUAACCAACAAUAUUAUUACUAAAUAUUUUAAAGAUACGAGCAUGUUUUCAAAUUUUGUUUUUUCCUUACAAAUUUUAUAGGAUUAAAUGGGGAAGGGAACUAAAAAAAAAAAAGUGGAAACAUCCAUUAAGCAAAAAUCUGAAAGUUCUUUCAGAAAAAAUGAAAAAAUUCUGAAAUAGAAUUCAUGAGUCUGUAGAGCUGAAAAUCAGAACAUAAUCCUAAGCUUUCCUACAAGGUUUCAGAGGCAUAUUGGUGUAAUAGAAGCUUAGCUUUGGCCCAGAAUCCUGCCUGGUCUUACCUUAGAGACAUAUUAUCAGUGGUAACCUGGGAAUUUCAUUUGACCCAUGAAUCGCCCAGGGGAACUCUUGACUCUCAAUAGGUGGGCUGCUUAAUCUGCAUUAGUAGAAGGAAUUCCUUACACAAAUAAAACCUCAUAUCUCUAA